AUGAGCGUCGAACACUCAAAAUCGUCAAAUUUCAUUGUGCUUCUCUCUGGACAAAUCGAGAGCGCCCAGUUCCAUUCGUUCGAUAAUCUCUACUGCAAAUAUUCAUAUGUUUACGGCGCUGACUGGGAGCAAGUUGCUGGCGUUCGCGAAGGCCUAUCCGCCAAAUGUGAGUGCGGCCGUACCCGAAGCAACAUCAUUACUAUUGCGAUGCCUUUCGAAGCUACCUUCACUUCCACAAAUCCGUUUGGUUGGCCACAAAUAGUACUUAGCUGCUACGGGUUAGAUUGUUUUGGCAACGAUAUCGUCUGCGGAUAUGGAGCUACACAUAUUCCAACAGUUCCAGGAAGAACGAUCAGAAGGAUAGCAAUGUUCGUGCCGGAAGCUUCCACUCCUCUGCAGCGUUUUCUCGGAUGGAUAACCGGAAAAAGAGCAGAAUUUGUUGAUCCAAGGAUUGUUGCCACAGGAACUGGCCGGCAAGGUAAUCUUCAUGCUAACAUUUCAAAUGCAUCAGAGGAUUUCUGCCCAGCACAGUGCCAUAUGUAA